AUGGCAGCCAGUGCGCAAAACUUGCUAGCGGAUUUAGGAUUUCCUGACGAUUUACUUCAGGUGUUUAGAGAAUGUGGGAUCACUCUGUAUGAAUUGGUAUCCAUAUCGUUCGAAGACAUUAAAAAGAAAUUGGAAUCAACAUCAGUUCAUUGGAAGUAUGUAAAAUUGUAUGUUGUGCAAACAGCUCCGAACCCGUUGACCGCUAGUGCAUAUUUAGCACCGCUACCUCGAUCCAUACCUGUCACCGGAUCCAUUGUGAUAAACAACGAAACACCGGAGGAAUUACAGGCCAAGGCGGAAGUUGUCGAAGUUGUUGAUACAUGUUCUCACUCAGCUCAAUCUGCAGUUUGUCUCAGUUAUGUGCCUCCAGUUGCGGCAAGCGACGAGUUCACAGUAGCUGGUGUCUCAGAAGAGCUUGCAGAAUGUUCCAAUUUCUCACCGGAUUCUUGUUUGAAAGAAAAACAGACGGCAGAAGCUCCCAAGCUAACAUCUGCGGAAAACGGCGAAUGUUUAGUGCAGGCUGGUGUUUCAGGAUAUCUCGAUAAACAUUCUCAAUCCCUUCCGCAGGCUACAGUACCUGUCGCUCCUAUUUCUUCGGUGACAGAAUCUGGUACGGAAGACAAGCCGGUGGCAGAGCUAGAGGACGAUUAUGAUGGCAGCCGGGGCGGCGAUCGUCGCAACCAUGGUGAGCACGAACACGCUAAAAGUUUGAAAUUGUGUGCUGUUCAUCAACCCAAUGAAGAACCAGAAGCUCAAGAUGCUGUAAACUGGUUAAUUUUGAAUCAGCACCCAUGGGAUUCUGUUUUGCACAAAUGGCAUCUGAGUUUUAAUCACCGGAAACAAUAUUUAAAAUCUGCUAGUCUCGUUGAACGGUUGCUCACUACAUAUUCGCAUUAUAAAUCAGCGCACGGAUAUCAACUAAUCAACAUUGAUUAUCGUCUCCUAGAGGUUGGUGCAACGGAUGGAAUCGAUAAACUGGAUUCGAUUACUCCAGCGAUUGUAACGUACAUUGCUCGAAAGGGAACCGAUCCAUCGGUUGUCAAACUUGUAAAACAUCUAACGAAUAGCAGCACCAACAAAGACGUUAAACUAUGCGCUCUUCUACUUGGCUUGAGCACGGUUUUGCCACCUCUUAUAGUUGGACGACGGUUCAAACCAACUAUUUAUAUGGCACAGCAUGACACGAUUCUCUUCGUCGAAUCCAUCGAAGAAAUAACUGCGAAAGUUCAAGAGACGUAUGCAUCAUAUGCAGAAAGAAAAAUAGCGGUUGUUCCAAAGCUGGUUGUACUCGGAACCGGAAUAGAUAAUAUCGAAGGACGUUUCUUCGUGUGUUUUUCGGACGUCUGUUACGAACUACCAUCUAUCGCUAGAGCCACGGACGUGCUGAUAAAACUAUCAGUUGUUUUUGGACUGCCGUACUCUAAAGUGUCAAAACUUAUUUGGCACUUCAUUGCCAACUCAGCAUACGGCAUAGAACGUCCUGAAUCAUAUGUGACCAUUAAUCGCCUUAAAGCAUACUUAGAAGCCACCAAGGAGCAACAUUAAAGAUAAUGUUCCCUUGUAUGAUAAAAACCUGCAGUCAUGCGUUCCUAUCAGUAGAUUUAUACCUGGAACAUAUCAAAGAGUAUCAUCGUGUACCGGUGGACUACCGGUACGAAUGUACUGGACCAUCAUGUAGACUAGUUUUUUCGAAAUUUUACCCGUUUAAAAAGCAUCUGAUGUUACACUCUGUUCCACAUCAAAAAGAGAAAAGCACCAUCAGUGAUAUUCCUAUCGACGAAGAUAGAAAUUAUUACAACGCACA